AUGCAUCAACCAAUGGAGUUGAAACAGUUGACUGGCGAGCAGGCCGCCGCACUAGAUGCGGAACUCAUGGGCCCAGACGUUGGCUACUCGCUGCAUCAAUUGAUGGAGCUAGCAGGUCUUGCCGUGGCGCAAGUCGUCGUGCGCCAUUGGGGCGCCGCACAGGCGAAGAAAAAGGUGCUUGUGCUAUGUGGGCCUGGCAAUAACGGCGGCGAUGGCUUGGUUGCUGCACGGCACUUGCGGCUCUUCGGCUAUGACCCUGUGGUCUACUUGCCGCGGCUGUCGGCCAAACAGCCCUUCUACGCACAGCUUGCCAAGCAGCUACACUUCGUCGGUGUCCCAGUGCUCUCCGAGGGCGAUGACUGGCGUGCGCAUCUUGAGCCACGUGACACGCUCUGCGUUGUGGAUGCGCUCUUUGGCUUUUCUUUUCGUCCGCCGCUGCGCGAGCCCUUCGCUAGCAUUGUCGCAGAGCUCAAACGCCAUGAGGAUGACAUCCCAAUUGUCGCUGUCGACAUUCCCAGUGGUUGGGACGUUGACGCAGGACCGCUCACCCCUUCAGACCUUAUGCCACGUGUGCUGAUCUCUCUGACCGCCCCCAAACGCUGCUCCGCGCACAUUGACACUGGUGUUACCACCCAUUAUGUCGGCGGCCGUUUCAUCCCAGAUGCCCUGGCCCGUCGUCAUGGUUUUGAUCCGUUCCCGUACUCUGGCACCGAUCAAAUACUGCGUAUUUGA